UCGGUUUCUUUGUGUGUCUUGACACAUGAAGGGAUUGACAAUAAAGCAGACUUUGACUUUGACAUAUAGGGGUUGAUCUCAAAUGACGUCACGUUUGCUCAUAAAUAUUCGGCGGAUGGGUCUGUCGCAGCUUCUUACCUGUUAGUAGCUUGGAGGUAAUUGUGCCAAGCCCGAUUAGACCACGCUACUUUUGUUCAAAUAACCUUUUCAACGAUAAACGAAGGACGUUCGUCGGGCCAUCUGAAAAAAAGAAUGACAACCAUCAAGUUUGGGAGCAGCAUCGAAUCAUCUCCGCUUGCCCACUCUGCCAUCAAAACUUUGGACAUAGACAAUGAGGAGAAAAGCGACAUUGAUCCUGAUAAACUUUGUCAGUGCCCAUUUGAUAAAAGUCACCAGAUCCGAGCUUGUCGGCUCUCCUAUCACCUUUUGAAAUGCAAAAAGAACCAUCCGCAACUGGCCAAGACGCUUAAAACCUGCCCCUUCAAUGCCUGCCACCUGGUCCCGAGGGAUGAACUGGCCAGCCACACUGAAACCUGUCCCAACAGGAUUUCAGUGGGUGUAAACGAUGCUGGAUCUGAUGAGAAAUUGAAGGCUCCCAUCAGGCCCCAGUUAACCACUGCUACGACUGAAGACUGGGAAAAGGAGGUGGAUGAAGAACCCAUUCCAUUUGUUUGGGGUGUGACUCCAGUGCCCAGUGCCCUCGAGGAAUCCCAAGCCUUCAACGCUAUUGGAGCCCAGUUCCGUGGACCCAAUUCCCUUCCGUGGUAGUUUGAAAUGUUGUAAUUGUUGUAAGCUGUAUGCAACAGACUUUCGUUUUGUAUGGACCCUGUGCAGACAAAAUGACAAAGUUUGUCUAAGUCUAAAUGUUUUAUCGGUUUCUGUAGAGACCAGUUGGUGGACUUUUCACCUUGUUUCCAUUGUCACUUGAAGUGUUUGCUUUUAAAGUUUUGUUCUCAUGCAUAAGAGGUGCGCUUUUUUCUUUUUUUUGUAAUUGUUGUAAGCUGUAUGCAACAGACUUUUGUUUUGUACUGACCCUGUGCAGACAAUAUGACAAAGUUUGUCUAAGUCUAAAUGUUUUAUCGGUUUCUGUUGAGACCAGUUGGUGGACUUUUCACCUUGUUUCCAUUGUCACUUGAAGUGUUUGCAUUUAAAGUGCAAAUUUAUUUGUAUAACACAUUUCAACAACAAGGUAGUUCAAAGAGCUUUAAACAAAACAGGAAGUGCGUCAAAGAAAUAGAAAACAUUAAAAGCAUCAAGGCACAGUUAAAAGCAUUACUCAAUUGAUUAAAACUCAAAUCAGUACAAAUCUAAAUAAAACAGGAACAGAGUUACAGUGCAGUGUAAAAUAAAAUCAGCAAUAGGCUGCAGCAAACAGAAAAGUCUUUAGCUCUGACUUAAAAAUAUUAAGAGUUCCAGCAGACCUGCAUUUCUCUGGGAGUUUGUUCCAGAUAUUUGGAGUAUACUAGAAGGUGGACGCUCCUUCUCCCUGUUUAGUUCUGACUCUGGGAACAGAGAGCAGACCUGUGCCAGGCGAUCUGUGAGGUUCAUAAGGGAUCAGCAGGUCAGAAAUAUACUUAGACCAUUCAGAGCUUUAUAAGACUUUAACAUCACUGAUUGAAGCUGAGCCCUGACUUUUAAUCGUUCCUCUUUGGCUCCAAAAACAAUCACUACAGUUUUAUCUUUGUUUAAUUGGAGAAAGUUCUGGCACAUCCAGUCAUUAAUUUGUUCAAUACAUUUACUCAGUGUUUGUAUGGGAUUAUAAUCUCCUGGUGAUAUAAAUGAUUAGCAGUUAUGCAUCUGUAUUAAUGCGGAGCUCAACUAAUGACCACAAGAGGGCAACAUUUCGUUCCUUGUCGGCGAUUCAAUGGUUGUCUGGGUUGCCACAACGGGAAAUCAAAUCACAUACUUAAUGCAUAACUGAAUAAAUUGUGUUCACUCAUAGGCA